GUUGAUUUCCAAAAUAUGCAAAAACGCCGUCGAGCCUGCGAAAACUGCCACGUCCUCAAAGCACGUUGCGAACCUAGCGAAGAUGCUGGGGAUGAGUCUUGUGAGCGGUGCUACCGCGCUGGGAAAGAAUGCAUUCCCGCGAUGAGAAGAUUACAGAGAGAUCGAAUUGCUGCUCUGGAAGCUCAGGUCCAGGAAUUGACGAAUGCGUUACAAGCUCAAAAUUUGGCGAAUGCCUCUCCCGAACCGGACGCGAAUAAGAAGAGGAAGCUGAGUGAUGAUGUACGAGUGGAUCCUGGGUAUGAGAGGAGUCCGGCUCAAGUCACGAAUGCUGAUUUCAGGUUUAUUGAUGAGAGGGUGAAGUGGAAGGUGCAGUUGAGGGUUGUCGAGGCUUAUAAUGAGCAGCAUUCAAAAGUUCUGCCUUUGCUGCAUGCUGAGCCGCUGGACCUGGAAGUUCUGCGUGCUGGGAACCCGAUUCUGCUGUUAGCCAUUCUGGCGUUCCCAACGAAUGGGAUUCUGGAGCUUGAUCUUCAACUUGAAUUGGUUGAUCGAGCUAUGCAGGAUUUUGCUAGUCGGCUUAUUGCUGCUGGGGAAAGGUCUUUGGAACUUGCUCAAGCUCUGCUGAUUGCGAGCUAUUGGUUCCGAAUGAGAUAUGGCAGUAAACAUGCGACGAUUCUGCAGAUUGUUCAGCUUUCGACGAGUAUGGCUAUUGAUCUGGGGAUUGCCGGCUCGCACGUUACGCACGAUCCUGGGACCUGGUUUGAAAGAUCUGAUCAAGAUCUCUCACUGGUGGGCUGCCGUACUUGGCUCUCUUGUUUUGUGACUGGCUCGGCGAUGACUACUGUCAUACGAAGACCGGAUAGUAACCCGUGGACACCUCAUCACGAUACUUCUUUGGCGUACGUCAAGGCUCAUGCUCGAACGGUGCCACAGCGAACAUUUUGCGAGAUCAUCCAGGCUGAAUUGCUAUGCUAUCGUGCUGUGACACGUCUGGGUCUGUGCGAGACGUCGCAGCCCACAGUCUUUGCAAGCGAUUAUGCGAAGGCUACUGUUUCUCAAUUGCGCCAGGAGAUUGACAAUUGGACGCAUCAGCUGCCACCAGAUAUCAGGAAGCCCGAGCUCCUCAUAUAUCGACAUCAGGCUUUGAUAUAUCUCAAUGAGCCAGUGUUGCACACUGCAACGAACAAAGCCACAUUCUCGGCACCGUUCAUCCCUGAGCGCAUCGCAGCUGCAGACUUUGCAAGCCCGGUUGUGACAGUGGACCACGUCGCAGCAUUAUACGCGCUCAAAGAUUCAUGCCAUGCGGUGUUGGAUAUUGUGAGCGGACUGGCACCGGAGACAAUAUUCGCGACUUCACCACUGUUCUACACUCCAAGAGUUCUAUAUGCUCUAAUGAUACUCGCCAAACUCUUCGUGGCUGUCACUGCACCGGGAAACACGUACGGAGCUGUACUCAGCCGCGACGAAUUGAAGCUGCCAUGCUACUUUGGGAAGAUGAAAAAGUUCUCUGCCUCACUAGAUGGAGUGGACGCAGCAUCUUUCACAACGAAAAUCAUCGCCGCGUACAAAGCGAUAGAGGAGUGGUACGAAAGCUACUCUGCGAUCGUGGAACAGUACGAACGGGACACGGCACAAAGUGACGGCCAUGAUCCAGUAUACUUGGAGCCUCUGGGCCUCACCGAAGAUCUUGCAUCCCUUGACACAGAUUUGAAAGCGGCAGAAGACGACUCUUGGCUCCAUGAUCUACUCUCUAACCAAACUCUACUUCAACAGUAGGAUGCAGCUUGAAAAUCGCUCUAAAAAGCGGCUCAGAGCUUUUAAGCAGUUCCGUUGUUGCACAGCAGCACUCGGCAUACUUUGUAGCUGCGAAGGAUUGGGGAUCGCUUGCAUGCUCACGAGUAGCUCGUAUCUACUAGAGCUUCAGCUGAGCGGAUCAUGAGUUCGGCUGCAAUUCCUCUCCCGUCUUCUUAUAUACCACACCUUGAGAAAAGAGUCAAACGCACACAUGGCUGAAUC